GAGCUGGCUGACCUUCGCCAUGUUCACACUAAGCUUAAGAAGCAGUUCCAGGAAAAGACAGCAGAGCUUGCCCAUGCCAACCGGAGGGUGGAGAGCCAUGAGGCUGAAGUCAAAAAGCUCCGACUGAGGGUGGAGGAGCUUAAGAAAGAGUUGGGACAGGCUGAGGACGAGUUGGACGAGUCGCAUAACCAGACCAGAAAGCUACAGAGGUCUCUAGAUGAGCAGGUGGAACACACCGAGAACCUGCAGGUGCAAUUGGAACACUUACAGUCAAGACUGCGGCGACAGCAGCAGAGUCCUGGUCUAUUUGGGAAGAUGCGAUCAGCUCGGUUCAGUCCGGACAAUCCAGACGGUCCAAGCAGCGACAUGGAUGAGGAGGAGGAGGAACUGCAGCUCCAGAUCCCAUGACAUAGACACACACUUACACAAACACACAUUCUCUUGGGGGGGAAAAAAACUUCAUAUGCCCAGAAAUGAUUAUGUUUUUCAAUAGGAAUCAGCACUGUCCCGACCAGCAAGCAACAUUUUAGGAAAGAUUUCAGCCUGCGUCAGAUCGAGCAGUCAGUAUUAUGUUUAUAUCUCCACAUCUAUACAUCUUCAUUUGGAUCCAAAUUAAAAUAGCCUCAAUUGCUUGCUGGGUAUGUCAUCAAUCAAUAAUCAAUUAAUAAAAAGAAAGCAGCUUUAAUCAAAUGAACGAUCAACAUCUAUGUGGUUUAUUCCAGAAGAAAUGUGAAAGAAUCAGAACAGUCUGAAGAAGUCAGAGUAACAAAGUUUUCAUCAAGCAUCAAUGUGAUAAGCACACAGCUAAUAUUUAUGGAGACAACACACACAAUGCACACUCAAACUCAUACAUGCUUGGACAUACUUGCAUAUAUAGACACAGCCACAAGAUCAACCCCAGCCAGACUGUGACAGACAACAACAGGAUAUCCACUUAGUAUAAUAGUGGAUGGAAGAAUCUUUCCUUAAUUGAUUUGUUGACAAACUUCCAACAAACCACUCUGAAAGAGGCCGACAUGUUUAAUCCUUUAAACGACUCAGUCAUUCUUACCUCAUAUCAUUACAAGCAAUACAGCUGCCCACCUGAACUGUGCUGCUGUUUUCAAACAUGUCAACCCUACAUCUACAUUAGCAGUAUUAUAAAAAAUGGAAAAACCAUUUCAUGUUCCGUUUCUGAUUGGAGGUGUUUAUUCAUAUAUACCAAGGGAACACCAGUCUUUUUAGGAUUUUACAUGCUGCUUAAAAUGUUCUGUCACAUUUUAACAAGAUUUGAGUAUUUUUUUUUGCCCAACUAUCAAAGACUCAACAUCUAUUUCUGAUGUACUAGUAAGUAAUGUUCACGACCAUUGCUGGGAGCACACUGCAGAAACUUUACACUGCCUCAGAAAAUAGUAGGUUGUCUCUGGCCUCUGAUGAGCUGCAACUCUGUAUGUGUUGCACUAAACUUCUCAUUGACAACUUUUUUCCACCUAGAGAGCUGUCUUCUGACACUGCCCUUAUACUCUACAUGAGGACAUUUUUAUUUCUUGUAGUUUCUACACAAUACAGAAGAAUCAUACAGGAAUCAAAACUAGCACAACUGGCUCUCAUUGCCUUCUGAGUGUAUCUGAUGAUAUCUGCACAAAGUUGAGCUUUUCUCACCUCUCCCCUGUAGAGCCACUGUGCAGCUCAGUGGGCGGAACCAGGCUGCAAUGCCAUGUCCCAUUUGCAAAGAGCAGCAGCCCAUCACUGUCAUUAUGGGUGAACGGCACUAUUAUGGGUGCAAGUUAGGAUUAAAUUCACAGUAUGUGUGAAGCAGGCGUUUGCUGCCUUUUCAGACUUUGUAUUUUCAUUCCACAUCAGGCCCAGCUCAAACUGAGAGAAAGCCCACUACAUCUCUUCAUACAUGGCUGCUGCUGUCCUACAAUUGCACUGUGGGUUUUUAGCAUGAUGGCUGUGUUCUAGGGAAGCUAAAAUUUGCAUUAAAUAAUAUGAAAGAUGCACAUAUACACAAAUAGACUGGCUUGGAACUGAACCUGACUUAAGGCUACUGUGCUUUGUUAUGUUACAACUCAUAGACAUAUUAUGAACUUGGUGUGGAAGUACUUUCUCUCAUAGAAAAACCCUCAUCUGACCACAAUAAUAUACCAAUACAUGAAAUGUCAUGCUGACCCACCAAACAUGUACAACUUUUAUUUGACAAUAAACGGUAAUUUGCAUUUAGUGACAGUAUGCACGAAGCAGUGCAAUCACAAGCCUGUCAUGUUAAUGUCACACUUUUUUGAAGAUGACAACAGCAUGUUGCCUCCUCAGUCGUAUCAUAACUGUCAGCAUCAAUUUCAUCCUCUUCUCUGACGAUGUGCAUUCUAAAAGUGAGGGAAAUCUGCUUGUAUUAUCAGAAAAGUGUGUUAAGUCUUAUCAUUUCACAAUGUAGUGUAUUCCCAGCAUGACCGGAGCUGCUCUCUGACAAUAACAACGUGACAGUGAAUUUUAGACUGUAUGUACAUCAGCAUGAGCUAAGAGAAUGUUCAAUAUCAUUGUUAAAUGAAUACACUGAGCAUUA